AUGAGUGAAAUCCAAGAUAUUGCAGAGCUCUUUCAGCAGACAUUACAACCAGCAAGUCGGAAAUAUGCUGAAUCAAUUUUGGCUUCCCUCGAAGCUCAACCUGGGUUCGUUGUUUUGUUGCUACGAAUUGUUCAAGAUCCAAACUUGUCGGAAAGUGUCAGGAUUUCCUCUGGUCUCUACUUUAAAAACUUUGUCAAAAAGCACUGGAAGCUGGAAGAAGACGAAGUCGAUCAUAUACCGCAGCAAGAUCGAAUCGCAGUCAAACAAAUCCUUGUUUCUUUGAUGAUCUCCGUUCCUCAUAAACUACAAUUACAACUGUCAGAAGCUAUAUCCAUCAUCGCCGACACGGAUUUUCCCGAAAAUUGGCAAGGACUGGUUCAGGAAUUGGUUACUCGUCUCAGUCCAACCGAUUUUAAUGUCAAUAAUGGAAUUCUACAAACUGCUCAUUCGAUAUUCAAGAGAUGGCGUUCUCAAUUCGCUACUACCAAACUCUUUACGGAAAUCAAGUUUGUCUUGGAACAGUUCUGUGCACCAUUCCUCCAGUUGUUUCAGACAACGGAUGCCCUUAUUGAGCAAAACAGAGGAAGCACUACAACACUGAGUACCCUCUUCACUACACUGUUAUUGUUGACCAAGAUAUUUUACUCCCUGAAUUCACAAGACUUGCCUGAAUUCUUUGAAGAUCAUAUGGACGAGUUUUUGAACUUGUUGCAGAAAUACCUCGUCUACACCAAUGCGUUGCUGGAAACUGAGGAUGACGAGGAGGCUGGCCCACUGGAAAAAGUAAAGGCAUCUAUAGCCGAAAUCAUAGAUUUAUACGCCACUCGAUAUGAAGAAGAGUUUACACGGUUGCCACAGUUUGUCCAAACCGUAUGGGAAUUGUUGACUGCUACGGGCACGCAGCCAAAAUACGAUAUGCUCGUGAGCAAAUCAAUUCACUUUUUGACUGCCGUGCUCAAACCUCCUCGACAUCGUGCCAUGUUUCAAAGUCCAGAAUCACUCAAGAGUAUAUGCGAAAAGAUUAUCUUACCCAACAUGGAACUACGUCCCUCUGACGUCGAAGCAUUCGAAGACGAACCACUGGAAUACAUUCGCCGUGAUUUAGAAGGAUUGGACACAGAUACUCGCCGUAGAGCUGCUUCAGAUCUAGUUCGAGGUUUACUGGAACACUUUACAAGAGAAGUGACUGAGAUAUUUUCUCAGUACGUAACUGGGUACCUCCAGGAUUAUGAAAAGGACAAGGCAAACAAAUGGAAGUCAAAAGAUACUGCCAUCUUCCUCAUCACCACUCUGUCUGCGAAAUCCCUUGGUCGUCAGUCUCGAGCUACUUCCGUCAAUGAAUUUAUUCCCAUUGUUACAGUCUAUACGUCGCACAUUCUGCCUGAAUUGACUUCAACCACCUCAUCGACUCACCCGAUAAUUACAUUGGCCAAGGAGCAAUUACUGCAGGUUUUGCCAUAUCUUGCUUCGCACCAUCUCGCGUCCUCCAACUAUGUUGUCUACACCUAUGCUUCGAUUUGUGUAGAGAAAAUCUUGGGAGAACGUGAUGCCAACAACAAGGCCAUAUUCACUCAAGCUGACGUCAGUUCCGUGGCAAGAAAUUUGAUUUUCAAACACUUUGAGUUAAUCGCCAAGAGUGGAUCUACUCCAGAGAAAUUGGCAGAGAAUGACUAUCUCAUGAAAUCAAUCUUGCGGAUUGUAUUGGUUGCUGGAACAGACUUGGCUCCAGCAGCUCGAGAAAUUCUGUCAGCAUUCGUCAAUAUUAUUGCUGCUGUGAGCUCCAAUCCCUCAAAUCCCAAGUUCAAUCAUUACGUGUUCGAGUCAAUUGCUGCACUCAUUCGAAAUCUGUGUACCAGCAGUCCUGCCUUGGUGGCUGAUUUCGAAAAUCUACUCUUCCCACCCUUCAAUACUAUAUUGGUACAAGAUGUAGCCGAAUUUGUGCCUUAUGUCUUCCAAAUAAUGUCACAGCUAUUGGAUUUGCAUGCCGAGAAUGGACUACCCGAUACGUAUAUGACCUUGCUUCAACCUUUAUUGACACCUGGGCCAUGGAGUUCAACUGGUAACAUUCCAGCUUUGGUUCGCUUGGUUCAGUCAUGUCUCAUCAAGGGAGCUGUACAAAUCGUUCAACAGCAAAAGUUGCAAGCUAUUCUCGGUAUCUUCCAUGUCUUGAUCGGUUCCAAAGUAAAUGACCACCAUGGAUUCGAGCUUUUGGCUUCUAUAUUUGACUAUGUACCACCAGAUGCCAUUACUCCAUAUUUAAGAAAUGUGGUUAUCCUCUUGAUGAAUCGAUUGUCGAGUGCACGAACCGCAAAGUUUGUGAAGGGAUUUUUCAACUUUGUCUGCACUGUUUUCGUAUACAACAAGCCUGGCUUGGAAGUCGAUGUCAUAUUGCGAGUGUUUGAUACCGUCCAACCAAACUUGUUCUGGACGGUCUUGAAUGAUGUCUUGCUGCCUACUACUGAAGACGCUCGCUCACCAGACGAACGAAAAGUGAUUAUCAUUGGCUUGACUCAUUUGCUCUCAAAGAGUCAAGUUAAUUUGGCACAAGAUCAUCUACCGUUGUGGGCACCUGUUACCAAAGCAAUCACAUUGCUGUUGAGUGUCCCAGUAGCACAGGACAAGACAAGUGCAGAAGACGAAGAAGAGUUACUAUUUGGGCCAGCAGAAGGACAAGAAGAAGGUGCUGUUUACUCGGCAUCUUAUUCGCGUCUGGCAACCGUUGGCAAGUUGAAUAGAAAUCCAGUCAAGGACUAUCCUGAUGCUCAAGCUUACUUUGGGCAAGAGUGGACUCGACUUGGACAAAUGUACCCAGAGCAGGUGAAGUUUGUAAUGGGAAGCCAAUAA